AUGGAUUCUUGGAUAUUUAAAAAUGUUUCGCAAAUUUUAACUCAAAAACCAUCUCCACAGAUACUUAUUUCUCCGUUCCCAUCAAUAACUUCUAUAAAACUUUCAAAUCAUCAUGUUGAAAAAAAGAAACAGCAUCAAAUAAAAUCAAAAAAUAUUAACAGAGGAAAAUUGAAACCAAACAAUAAAGAAAAAAUAACAUCUUCCAAAGCAAAAAAAUUACAUGAUACAAUUCAUGAAAUGAAAAAAACAAAUCGUUAUUUAAAAAAAAAUAUCAAUUCUUUAUCUUUGCACGAACAACGUAUCGUAAAUAGUUCAACAGAAAAUAAAAAUGAUAAGUCAAAUAAUAUUGAAAAAAAUAAAAUCAAUAUUUUUGAAAAAAAUUUGAAAUACAAUAGAAACAAUAAUGAUAAUAAGAGCAAUUUUAACAACAAUCCUAAAAGUAAACAGGAAGAUAUAACAAAUAUUUCUCGAUUAUCAAAAAAUAUACAACAAAAUGAAACAAUUGCAUUAUAUGAUAAAGAAACAGCGCAAUUUCAACCAUUAUCAAAUAGGGUAGAAGUCUUGUAUACAAUUUUACCAGAUCAUACUGAAAAACUUGAUUCAAACAAUUCUAUAAAAUGAAUUAAAUAAUUUUCGUGUAUACAAGUAAAAAGAUAUUUCUUAUUUUUUUAUUUUAUUGUUAAAAUUACAAAUUAGAAUUCAUAUCACAUAUAGUCAAUAAUAAGUUAAAAAAAAAAAAAUUAAAUAUUUUGUAGAUACGUAAGAUUAUGAUAAAAGAAUACAAACAUAAUAUCCAAUAUAAUAAGAAUAUUUUAUAUAUUAUUACAAAUUUUUAAAAAAUUUAUAAUUCAAUUUUUAAAUUUGUAAUUCAAAAAGUCAAAUAUACGUGAUAAUUUAAAUAAAUUUAAAUUGAAAAAUGAGGAAAAUGAAUAAAAACAAUGUCAAGUAUAAUUUUUAAAAUUUCUAUUUUUGUUAUUUUACUUUCUGCCAUUUUUUUUAAGCAAAUAAUAUUUAACGAUAUAUUAAGUAUAAAAAAAAUUAAAUAUAUGCACACACACACGUGCAAAUAUACGCACUCUUUUUCCCAUGUUAUACUUCUGUCCUUAAUGAAGUACAAAAAAUAUAAUUGCGUUUUAUACUCUAAAUAUUCCUAUAUAACAAAAUGAAUCACGAACAUCGUGCAUUCUUUCUUCUUUUCUUGAUUUUUGUUGUUAUCUUAGCAAGUGCAAAAAAAACAUAUUUUUUAUAACUAUUUUUUAAUCUAUGAAAUUCGUAUAAACAUAAUCUAUUAUUUUCAAAUUGUAACACAUUCGAUGUGUGAUCCAAUAUUUCAAUUUUUAUCAUUUCAAUUACUUUUAGACGCGUAUAAACAUUGUUUGGAAAAUUCUAACGCUGAUCAGUCUUAUAAAGUUAUACGCGUGAUUAUUCUACACAUUUUUUUUGUCUUUAAAUGCGAUUAUUUUAAAUUUCGAAAUUAAAAUAUAACUAGUCAAUAACAUGAUUAUACAAAAUGAUGACAAUGAAUUAUAUGAUAAUUAAACAAAUUAUUCUUCUUAAUAUUAUAGAUAUUAUAUAUUAUAUAUAAUUUUAUAGAUAUUGCAAUCUUUGAAAUUGUAGAUUUGUAUUUUGUAAAUUGCGAUUUUUUUUCUUUUUAUUAAUAUCACAAGAUUAAUACCAAUCAAUAUCUAAAAUUAUUGCAAUUUUUUUAGAAAAAAAAAAAAGCAUAGAAAAUGAAAAAAAUUUCGGUAGGAUUGAAUAUAUAUGUAUAUAUGUGUAGAUAAAUAAAGAAAUGAAUAUAACUAUAUCCACUUAUUAUAAGUGGGUAAAAUUAUAUUGAUAUAUAUCGAUUAAUAAUCGAUAAAUAAAAAAAGAAUGUCACAGAAGAAAAAUAUACAAAAUUUGUAUCAAAUUACUUUAGAUAUCCAUUGGUAUUUUAGAAGCUUAUAAGUAUAUAACACAUGUAUACAUUAUUUCUAUUACUACUACUAGUUUUAUCAUUUAGCAAGAAUAAUAAUUCUUGCUAGCAAAACUUGAUUUAAAUUUUACCGCAUUAUUACAAAUGCAGAAAAAUUAUUAUUACAAGUCUUAUAACGAGUCAUUUCUUCUUUGAAUGAAGAUAUAGAUUAUAUCUUUUAUGAAAAAAUGUCUCUUUACGAGAAUCUAGAAAUUUUUAUCACCAAUAUUUUUAAAAUUAAUUCACAAAAUAUAUCAACAUAUUUAAAGAAAUAUAUUUUAAUCUACAAUAUCAAUUUAAUCAGAUAUGUUUAUAUUUUUAAAAGAACAUUAUUUAAAUUGAAUUAUGAAUGUUAGGCAAUAUAUAAGAUCUAGAUAUCACGUAAAGAAACUUUUCAGACUUAAUAAUAUUACAAAUUUUUUUUAAUAUCACAAUUGUUAAAAUCCAUAAAUUUCAUCCCUUCCCAUUCUAUUUUGCAUCUCAUAUGUUUAUCUUCUUUUUAUUAUUUUUAUUUUUCUGAUCCUUAUAUUGAUUACCUUUAAAUCAAAUAUAUUGUAAAAUAAAUGUAAAUCACAAAAAUCCAUCUUCGGAAAAUAAAAAUAACCAUGUUGGAGCCCACCUAUAGUUAGAAGAGCUUAGAAUAAUCAUGUUUAUCAAAAAAAUUAAUAAUUUUCAGAUCUCAUCAGAUUAUUCAUUAUACUUGUUGAUAUGAUCUAUAUAAUUUUU